AAAUUUGGAAAACAAACACACCCACCUCCCAAAUCAUUAGUAUUUUCCAAUUGGGUUUGAGAAUUUUCAGAGGUUUACGCCGUUUCUUUAGUUUACUUUGAAGUUGGGUAAAGUGGUUGAGAAUUGAGAAUGGAAAUGGGAAGAAGAAGAAGAAGAAGAAGAAGAAUAAAUAAAAAAGAGUGCGUGACGAGGAAAGGGGGAUUGGUGGGGGCACCACGGACAUGCGCACUAAGAAUAAGAACGCCCUGGCGGAUAGUUAUGAUGGCGAUGAUGAUGGAAUUGUGAAAUACAGCUUUUCUGAAUCAGAACAGUACAAAAUCGAAGAACCCUUUUGAAAUUUUUUUGUGGGUCCGUUUUGUUUUUCCGCCAUAGCCAAGAACCCAACAACCCCACAUCAUUACCAUCAAGAAGAAGAAGAAGAGGAAGAAGAAGUAUUACUUACUCUUUGUUCUUUCCCUUUCGUUCUUUUCAUUUCUCACCAAGAACAAAUCGCGGUUUCCCUCUUUUUCUUUGCUUCUGUUUCAAGGCAUUUUCUAUCAUCUUCUUCUUCGAUUUCUGGUUUGCUUUCUUUGAUUCUUGGGCGAUGGUGGGUUGUUGAAGAACUGGAGUUUUUGGGUUUCUUUGUUCAUCAGUUUGGGUUUGAUUCAAUGGGAAAUUGCUGGUAUCGAUGGGAACCUACGGCUAAUAGGGUAUCUUCUAACGCAAAAUCAGAGUCUCCUAAAGUUGAUAGCACAUGGCCUUAUCAAGGGGACAACGGACACAAGCUGGAGCUGCCCUCUAACCCCAAAGAAGUAGAAGAUUUGCGACGUAAUUCAGCCACGAAUCCGCUGAUUGCGUUUACGUUCGACGAGCUGAAGUUAAUCACGGGGAAAUUUAGACAGGAUCGCGUGUUAGGCGGAGGAGGAUUUGGGAGUGUUUAUAAAGGUUUCAUUACAGAGGAUUUGAGGGAAGGAAUUGUUUCUCUUCCAGUUGCUGUUAAGGUUCAUGAUGGAUUUAAUAGUUAUCAAGGCCACAGGGAAUGGCUGGCAGAAGUCAUAUUUCUGGGGCAGCUUUCUCAUCCUAAUUUGGUUAAGUUGAUUGGAUAUUGUUGCGAAGACGAGCAUCGGGUGCUCGUUUAUGAGUACAUGGCUCGAGGGAGCGUGGAAAACAAUCUGUUUUCAAGAGUGCUGCUUCCUUUGCCUUGGACCAUCAGAAUGAAAAUUGCCUAUGGUGCAGCAAAAGGACUGGCAUUUCUACACGAAGCUGAAAAGCCCGUCAUCUAUCGUGAUUUCAAGACGUCGAACAUUCUGCUCGAUUCGGACUAUAAUCCAAAGCUUUCGGACUUCGGUCUCGCAAAAGAUGGACCGGUUGGUGACAAAUCUCACGUCUCGACUCGUAUAAUGGGAACAUAUGGAUACGCUGCACCGGAGUAUAUAUUGACAGGACAUCUAACCCCUCGUAGCGACGUUUAUAGCUUUGGAGUUGUUCUUCUCGAACUACUCUCGGGAAGGAAGUCUCUGGACAAACUACGGCCAGCUCGAGAGCAAAACCUUACCGAUUGGGCUCUUCCUCUCAUGAAACAGAAGAAGAAGCUGAUGAACAUCGUCGAUCCGAGGCUCGGAGGAGAAUAUCCAGUCAAAGGAUUUCACAAAGCAGCAAUGCUGGCUUACCAUUGCCUAAACAAGAACCCGAAAGCAAGGCCGCUGAUGCGAGACAUCGUCGACUCGUUGGAGCCGUUACUCGAACCAAGUGAUGAGGUUAUAGUAGCAUCCUCCUUGCCAGCAGGGGAUGGGACUGGGAGAACGGAAAAUUAAGUCUGAAACUAUAAUUAGUUUUUUU